GGCCGGCAAAGGGUGUCGGCAUCAACAAAUCCUUUGUUGCGUCGGUAAGGGAGUCUCUCCCUGGCCGUCCACGUUACUCGCAGACUCGCCUCUUUUCUUUUGUCGCGAACCUCGACCUUCCUUCAAAACCUUUUGGACGAUUCAAGGGAGUCCCCUCUGUCUCUUUCUCUGAAGAUGAAAUCACCAACCUUUCCUCCAAUUUUAGGUAUGCGCUGGUUGAUACUUUCAAUCAUGGUCGCCCGCCUUUACUAUCCCUUCGUAAAGCUUUUGACGCAAUUGGAUUCUCCCAACCCUUUUAUUUUGGGUUUAUUGACAAUAAACAUUUGUUAAUCAAUUUCGAUGCUGAAGAGGAUUUUCAACGAUUCUGGAUUCGUAACUCAUGGGAUUUUUACGGAUUUGCUAUGAAAGUAACUCGCUGGACCCCUAAAUUCAAUCCUGAUAUUGAAUCCCCUCUGUUCCGGGUCUGGGUGGUUCUUGAAGGUCUGCCAAUCCAUCUUCACAAUCUUAAAGCUCUGUAUUAUAUUGGUAUUUUGCUUGGCAGACCUCUUUCUAUAGAUGCUCAUACUGCAAAUUUCUCACAUCCCUCUUUGGCGAGGCUUUGUAUUGAACUGAAUGUGUCAAAUCCUCUGCCCCAGAAAAUAUGGAUUGAAAAUGGAAACCAGGGAUUUUUUCAGCAUGUUAAUUAAAUAUGAAAGUUUGCCAUUGCCUCGUUAUUGCUCCAAAUGCUUUCGAUUUGGUCACGAAACCAAAUCCUGUUCUAUGAAAUCUUCUAAUUCGAUGCAUAUUACUGAUGUUUCCUCGUCAUAUACAGAUGCUUUAAUACCCAACUUUACUGAUUCAGUAGGUUCCUACUGAGGAAAAGACCCAAGAACUCUAUUCUUUUGCCCCAACUUCUCUAGACUUGCAGCUUGUUAACAUUGAAACUAAUCCAGUUUCAAAUGACGAUUUGCAACCUAAAUUUAUCAUGCCCAUCAUGAUCACUGCUGGAACUAAAAUUGUUGCCACUGGUAUUGCCACUGAUGAUAUAAAUACUGAUACUGCCUUGCCUAAUCCAGUUUUGUCUGAUUCGGCAGAGUCUGUUUUGUCUGAUCAUGCUAAAACUAAUAUUGUUACCACUGGUAGUAACACUGCUGAUAUGAAUAUUGAUAUUGCAUUGCCCAACACGGAUAUUGGCGCUCAUGAUUCUGUCAAAGCAGUAGGUGCUCCUAUUGUAUGUCUUCUAGCUGAUAUCAGCGAUCCCUCUAGUGAUGAGGCCAAUAAAGAUGAAAGGAAUACGACCUCUGACUCCAAUUCUACCACGGUUUUCGCUCAAGCGGUCAGUGAGAAUGUUGUCACUGAUGAAUUGGUCAAUAAUGAAGUUGUCUGUGAUGAUCAAGCCUAUGAUGAAGGUGUCCGAGAAGCUGCCAUUGAUGCUUCUGAGGCUAAAAAUCGAUAUGAGGUCCAUUUGGUUAACACUUUUGACUCCUUAGGUCAAACCUUGGAAUCUGGAAAUGAGGAACUCUCUUCUGAUCCAUCGAAUGCAGGUCCAACAGACAAUCAGCCUGAGGAGGAGGAAUGCCCGGAUGGGUUCACGCAGGUUAAGGCAAGAAGAAACUUAAAGAAGAGCUCCUCCAAGUUCCCAAUUGACAAUCAAGAAGACCAACAAUUAUGCUAUGAAGUUGGAAGGACUUCACACCCCAUGAUUACAAGAAGUCAAUCCCGAAAACCUCAAAAUGAAUCUGACUAUUUCAUGUACCCGGUAGACACGAGAUUCGACUCACCACACAAACUCGCUCAAGCUCUCAAAUGCUUCAAGUCUUCUCACGCGGAGGCAACUGUCUACCAACCUUAUUUCCAAAAGGCGAUAAAGUUUCACAAUAAAUAUAAUAGGACCAUCUCAACUUCGGUUGGGAUACCUUCUAAAAAAUUUAAUUGUUAGGGCUUUUCCUAUCUCUUUUGUAUAUUCUUUUUAUUCUUUUUAAUAAAUUAAGGAAGUGUUCCCCGGCACUUCCUCCACCGUGAGUGGUUUGCUCCGGGACAAAAAAAUAUUAUUUUUUAUUAUUUUUUUAUGUUUUUUAUUUUUUUAAAGAUUUUAUUAUGAAUUAAAUGUAGAGGUAUUUGGGGUAGAAUUCAAUGUUUAUUCCCCUUAAAAUGUAGUAGUCCUAUUUGAGCAUUUUAUGUAAUUUUUAGUCCUACCUAGAGCAAUUUCUAAAUUUUCUAUUGUAUAUGAUUAUAUGUAACAUUUUUAUAAAAAAUUACUUUAA